AUGACAUUCAUGCGUAUGAUAGAUAGUAAUGCAUUGAAAAAUACGAAUACAACCAAUACUGUCGUAGCUAAUCAUCGUCAAAUAAAACUUGCAAUUUUAUUACCAUGUCAAAUAUUAUCAAUCAUAUGUUCUCUAUUUGUAUUUAUUAAUAUCAUAUAUCGACCAUCAAAAUUAAUAAAAUCAAUUGGAAAUCAUUUUAUUCUUCCAUUAUUAAUAACAAGUUUUAUUCAAGUAACAACUGAAUUAUCAAUGGUAGAAAAUUAUUUACAUACUGGUAUUGUACGACCAUCAACAAAUAGUUAUUGUUUAUUUUUUAAUUGGUAUGAAUUUUCAUUAAAUGGUAUUAGUUUAUUUAUUAUGCUUUGGGCAUCUAUUGAACGUCAUAUUAUUAUUCUUUCUCAGUUUGUCUUCCAAAUUCAAUGGAAACGUAUUGUUUUUCAUUAUAUACCACUUUGUAUAGCAAUAUUGUAUCCACCAGUAUGUUAUGCUUAUCUUAUUUUUAUAUAUAAUUGUGUUAAUAAUUGGAAUUAUUAUGAAUUAUUAUGUACGGCACCAUGUUUUUAUCAAAAUAAAAUUCUAGGUACUAUGGAUUGGUUAGUUAAUAUAAUCAUACCAGCUUUUUCAAUUGCUCUAGCAAAUCUUUUACUAAUUAUUCGAAUUAUACAUCGUUCAACUAAAAUAAGACAUAAUCCUGAACGAAUAAAAAAGAAUCGAAAAAUGACCAUACAAUUACUAGCAAUUUCAUCACUUUUUCUUAUAUUUUGGUUACCAAUUGCAGUUACAGUUGAUACUAUUAUUCGUGAUCGAGUUUUACUCAACGAUAAUGCUGAUCUAGCUGCUAGUGUCCUCGUCGUUUCUUGA